UCGAUGAAACAGUGAGUCGAGCGCGCGGUAAUUUCUGAAGCAGACGCGAAGGUCAAGAGUGGAAUUCAUUUUCACUUAACUUCUUUGUUGCAUGCAAAGUCAUAGCCAAAAAAACGAGAGGCAUUUACCAAGCAAAAAAUUGCUUCAUGUUGUCACAUGGGCCAAGUCAGACAACUUUUGUCUUUAGAAUCAAAUAAUUGAUUUGGUUUACAGUUGCACCCAAACGGGACCUUUGACCUGGAGCUCUGUUUUCUUUAUCUUCGAUGGAGAAAGGAGAAGAUCUCAGGAUGAAGCAAGGCCAGAGUCCUCGAUACUACAAAUAAAAACAGUUAACUCUCAACUCUCUAAGUCUCAAAUAAUUCAGAGAGAAAAAAGAUCGCGCUGUGAUGUUCACAUACAGCUUGUGGGAGUCAAAGAGUUAACAAAACAUGCUUCAGUGACUGUGAACUAAAAGACCAGAUUAGCGUCACCACUUUGCUGUAUUUGUCUUAGCUGACGUGUUGGGAAUUAACCCUUACAGACACGUUAAGAGAUAUAGAUGCUUUCGAUCAUGGAUUUCAAUACUUAUUCUAUACGAAAAUGCUCAAGGGGUUAAACUGGAUAUCUUUUAGCAGAAGAUUAUCAAGCACAAAAGAGAGACGUCAUGUAACUAAAUAAGCAACUAUUACCCAAGCCGCUAAUCUUAUUUCUAGGACCAGCGUCUGUACGCCCAUUACAAAUGUCUGUUUCUUUAAAAUAACAGACAAACAAAAAAAAGCAAGACUAAGAUUGUCUUCGUUGACACAGUGAUGUUGUUCUUCGGUGACAUCUAAUUGAAGGGAUCGCGUCGUCCUAUCACGUGACAACCUGCCCACGUCUGCUGGUAUAAACUUUACGACAUCUCAUAAUUACAGGUGUUUGUUUUUUUCCCGCCUAGAUGUCCUUGAUUAUACUAUUCGUCCUUCUUGUCACUGGUGAUUUUAAGUCGUAAAAUUAAAGCUGUCGUCUGCUUAUCUCCCAGAGGUGCCAUGCAUUUUCUGACAGUUUAUUAAGACUGGUGAACUGGAUACUUCGAUUUCGUAUCUGAUUUGUGAACAAAGUAUUGGAUUGGAUCUAGUGUUUUUUUUUCUAUCAAUAAUUAUCUAGAAGUUUAAAGAAAAAUAGGAACAACAAGUUCAUUCAAUAAACAACUUGCCCAAUUUUACAAUUUUUAGUGUGACCUACUUAAUCGUGUGGCGUUUGACCCAUGACCUAGUUAAUCGUUUGGUAUUUGACCACUGACCUAGUAAAUCGCGCCUCCUUUGGCACAUGACCUAGUUAAAACGAGUGGCAUUAGAUCCAUUGGCCUAGCAAGCCGCCCGUCCUUUGACACAUGACCUAGUUUAAUCGAGUCGACUUUGACCCUUGACCUGGAUAAUCGUGCGGCAUUUGACCCAUGACCUAGUUUCUCGUGCGGCUGUUGACCUCUCUUAUAGUGACCAUGGGUCUAAGCUGUUCCAGAGAGAUUACGGACAGGUUAGGGCUGACUGAGAAAAUGAAGGAUCAGAACACAAGGAUGGUGUACCUGUGCAACCAGGAGGGCGAGGAGAUGUCCUCUGGAGCCAUGCGAGGCGUGCCGGAAGUCAAGCCGGUGCUGACCGCUGAGACAAGAGAAAUCAUCUUGGCCUCAUGGGAGAUUAUCAAGAAAGACAUCGAGCGAGUUGGAGUUGUCAUGUUUAUGGGACUGCUGGAGGACCCCGAUGUUAAAGGAACCUUUAUGGAUUUCCGAGACAAGACGGCCGAAGAACUCAGGGCCAGCACUGCGCUAAGGUCUCACGUGCUGAGGGUGAUGGGGGCGGUGGAAAAAGUGGUGGCCAGAAUGGACUCCGAGGACAAAGUGGUCACCUUGCUACACGACCUUGGCCAGAGACACGUGGUGUACAACGCAAGGCCCGAGUUCUUGGACCUGGUAGGACCACAGUUCAACACCGCCAUUCAGCCCGCCUUAGGGGACAGGUGGACACCGGAAGUGGAGCAAGCCUGGGCCGACCUGUUCAGAUACAUCACUCACCUGAUGAAAGAGACAAUGGUCAUGUGAUCACGUGUUUUUCCCAAAGCCGGGACACUUGCACCAGGCGAACCUUCUUCCCAAUGCUGGGACAAGUGCUCGAUCACCUGUAGCACUUCACCAAAGAUGAACUUAAAUGACAUUGACCUUAACUCUCUAGCAAUAUCGAGUUCAAGGGAGUAUUCAUUUUUGUAUUUUCUGAUCUACCGAUACUUCAUGUUUUAUUUCAAUCGCCUUACACUCGUGUGCGCUUGCGCAUUGAUCAGGGAGGGUUUAUUUAUCUUACAUUGGCUCUGUUCGGACGUAUGCCCCGCCUGUUUAUAGAACAAUUAACAUUUUGGCUGGCUUAUUGUAUUUGCAUCAGGUGCCUUGACUUGACCAGUUCUCAAAUUGGUUUUGUGGCGAACAAAACACGCUCACACACAUACACACACCUGCACAGUUAACCCCUUCUCCUUUCCAACACACCCGCAAACACAAAUGAAAUGUAUACAUGUGCGUCAGAGGCUAAAGACCCGUGCAAGGUAAUUGGCCAAUAAGAAGACAGCGCUUUAGCAAAAGACAGCAGAUGAUUGGCUGAUUCGUCACCUAUGCUGGAGUAUUUCCGAUGGAUUCAACGCUGGCACUUUUUUUUUUCCUCCAAGAAAAAAAAAAGAAAAAAAAAAAAGAAAGAUAAUAACAGCAGUAAAAUAUAAGAAUUGUCUCAUCUAAUGGAGCAGUUAAUAAUAGCAACUCGAUGAUCAAUUGGCUGUUAUGAAACCAGCCAGAUCUAAUACGACUAUAGCAUAAUUGUGUACUUUCAUUCAUGUCUAUGCUGUGCAUCCAUUUACAUUUUUUUAAAAGUAUAAAGUUAGCUUCUGGUAAUAUGUUUAAAACACGUUUAUGGACAUAGUUUAAAUGAGGAAGAAGAAACAGGCAUUUGAAAACAGAUGACACCGCCAUUUGUGAGACCCACGAUGCGCAUGCGUAGAGCACAAGCCAAUUUCGUACAACUUUUGUGUACUUUGAGUUGCUGCUUAUACAAGUUUUGUUUAAAGUAAUUGGUUAUCCGGAAUUGUGUUGCUAUUUUUGACAGAAAUUGGACAGUUGCCAUGGUUACAGUGUAAAAGGAAUGGGAGUGCUCUCCCUUUAAUAACUACGCCUUGUUUGAGCAUGCGCGCCAUUAGUCUGUAGACCUUUGUGCUAGGUAAUAGUUUUCUCGAAACGAGGCAAGAGUUUUAGUUUAUCGCUAAAGAUACAAAACCUGAAAAAGUUUACUUAAAUACAUAAGGAGAAAGAUGGCAGAAUGUAGCCCGCAGUUCCCAGUUAAGCAACUCUUUAUAUCUAGCAAUGACUUCAAAACAAAUUAAAUUAUUAUUAUUAUUUAUUUUUUUUUAAUUUAAGUUAACUGAUUAAUUCCUCUUUCGGAUCUUGCGAGCUAUAAGGCAGAUGAUGUUUAGGUCAUCUGUUUCUUUGGCCAACGGUUAACAGGAUGUCGUAUGGCCAGCAGUUGGUUGGACUCAGGGGCGCCCUAAAAAUCCCGAAAUUCAAAAUCCCAUUCUUCACUGAGAUUCGAACCCAGGACCCCAGGUUUGGAAGCCAAGCGCUUAACCACCAGGCCACCGCGCCGUCUGAUUACUGAUUAAGCUGAAACUGAUUAAAUUCCAAAUUAGUUUUCACAAAGAGGGAUACGAAAUUGAUUUUGUCAGCCAAAUAGGCACAUCGAAAUUUUGAAUUUAUAUAACUGUAAGAAACGUUAAUAUUUCUCCAUAUGGAAAACGAAAAGUAUAAUGUUCAUUUAAACAGAAUGUGUAUGGCCUAUACCCUUAUCUAUAUAUAUUAAUUCUCUUCUUCCCUCAAGAGUUUGGACGAGAAGAAGAACUAAAGGAAAGAUCACUCUCUUUUUCUGCAAUUUAUUUUUUUUUUUUGAGUUUUCAAAAGAUUUUAAUUAUUUCCGGAUAUUUCCAUGACUUUUUAGUAUAUUUUGUAAAAAAGUUAUUAAAAAAAAAUGGUUUAAUUUAACAAUUUACACCUAGAAUUAGCGCGGGUCUUUUGAAAGUGCGGGGCACACUGCGGUCACAUAGGGGCCUAGGGCCGGCCCUGCAAAAUAACGGCGUAUGCUACCCUGGGUCGACUAGUUUAAUAUAAAGUGUAUAUAAUGUGUAUUAUUGACAUUGGCCUUCAUUUGUCGUUGUUGAGCUUAAUAACAAAAUAAUAUUUAAUUACAGACAAAGUAGAAAAUAUAUUCUUUCUUGUAAUUGUGACCAGAUUUUUCAAAAGAAUUAGUUAAAAGUUGUUUUAUUUUUUUUUAUUCAUGUGAAGUAUUUUCUAUUUGUAUUUUAUGAUUUUAUUCUAUUACAAAUACACCCAAUAAAUGGUUCUACACAUUUUGUAGCCGAGUAUGAGAUUUCAUUUAAUAUAAACUUUUGUGCUGUAUACUGUACAGAAUAGCAGUGGCGUCACUAGGAGUGCGGACUGCACCAAAUGACUUCCACCCAUGUGACACUACUGCUAGAUAUAUAAAUUUUAAAUUCAUGUAAGGAAUCAACAUUUUUUAGAGAUUUAAAAAUAGAAAUUUCAAUGCUUAGAAUUUCCUACUGUCUGUUGCCAAAUAAAUAAGAAAUAAAAGUAUGUGGCAUCGUGUGGACUAGCAACCCAGCACACUAUUGCCGUGAACAGUGGGCGGAGAUUCUGGCCCACACAAAGAACGUGAUUGAAAUGUUUCAGUACAUGGUAACAACCAUAUUUGGGAGAGCUAUAUUAAUAAGCAACUUGGUCAUCCCGAAGAUAAUCUACUUAGCAAAUAUAGUAGAACCUCCUCCUAAUUUCAUAAACAACAUCAAUACCACUAUCAGAAAUUUUAUUUUCAAAAACACAAUAAGGAACAUAAAACACACAACACUCAUACAAGACAAAAAAGAAGGAGGUAUAGGCUUAUAAGACAUUCACACAAAAAUCAAAACGCUUAGAAUAAAAUUUGUAGGGAAAGUAGUAAGGUCUCCCAAUAACUUCCCCUUAGUAUUAUAUUAUUUUGGACUUAGACUAAACAAACUCCUCCCCAUUCAAAACAACACACCCCAUCA